GCUUGGGAGAGUACAGUCGAACAGAGCUGGUAGACAGGUUCCCUGCCCAAGAGCUGACAGUCUAGAAGUCGAGUGUUACAGGUGUUAGAGGGAGGCAGAGUGCUGCCGGCAGGAUGGCCCUAGGCCCUAGGCUCGCAGGUUGUUUGUGGUGAUAAAUGGGACAAAAUGAAACCCAAAUCACAGGGCUAAGGGAUGACUCGAGUGACACUUGGCAGUGAGAGCGCAUUAAUGAAACCCUCAGGACUGGGAACUUGCCCCUUCGGAAGGUCUGGCCCGAUAUUAGCUGAGGUGUCGUCCGGUCUAUGCCUGGGCGGGUGGGGAGUCGGUCAGGAACUGAACCUUGACCGAUUCUCCGUCGCUGAACUAGGAGUGGGGGAGGAGCCCUGGCAGAUGCGGAGCGUGCCAAGAAGACACUUCCUUUCAUGUGGUCUCCGGUUUUGCGUUCUCCGUGCCCAGGGCUCCCUCCGUCAGGCAGCUGGCAGGACCUGAAGGAUCACAUGCGAGAAGCGGGGGAUGUCUGUUAUGCAGACGUACAGAAAGAUGGCGUGGGGGUAGUUGAGUUCCUCCGCAAGGAAUAUACGGAAUAUGCCCUCCGCAAACUGGAUGACACCAAAUUCCGCUCUCACGAGGGCGAAAUUUCCUAUAUAGUCUGUCCAGAAAGAAGCAUGCGCCACGGCUACUCCCGUUCCCUUUCGGGGCCGAGGGGCCGCGAUUCUCCAUUCCAAAAUGGGGGCUCCCCCCGUUGCGGCAGUACUGAGCAAAGUUGACAGGCAAUCCUUUUUUUGUUUCUGUUUUUCGAAAUGUGAAGCCAACUGCUUUCUGCUCAGAAUCGACAUUCCAAAUGAAUGGAUCUAGAGCCUUA